UUUAUACCGAGUGCAUGCACCAAACGCAUUUUGGAAUAAACCAAACAAAAAUUAAGGUCGUUCUGAGGUUGUAUUAAUUAAUUUUUAUAUUGUUUCUACAGAUGUUUUGAUAAUGGAUAACGAUAUAAAUGAAAGUGUUAAAAUUGAAGCUGGCGAUGCUCAGAAAAAAACUGAAAAUAUAACCGUUGAGCCUAAACCUGUGCAUCACAGGGAGAGAAAGCAUGCAAAGGAUGAAAAACCGAAGAAAAAGGAGGAACGAGGAGUUGAGCAGGUCUUAAAAAGUUUGGUCAGCAUUGAAAAUGCUGACGAAAAAUUAUCGGCAAUGUGCAAAAAAUAUUCUGAAGUUAUUGAUGAAAAUCGUAAAUUGCAAUUGUCAUUGAAGCAAUCAGAGAAAAAGGUUCAAAUGAUACAACGUGAAAAAGAUCAAUUACAAACGGAACGUAGUAAAGCUGUUUUAACUCGAAGUCGAUUGGAAAGUUUAUGUCGUGAAUUACAACGACAAAAUAAAGCCGUUAAAGAGGAGAGUUUAUUGAAACUUCGUGAAGAAGAGGAGAAACGCAAGGAAGUGUCGGCUAAAUUUCAAAGUACCCUCGGCGAACUUACUGCCCUCAUGAGUCAAAAUAAUGAAAAAAAUACAAAACUUUACGAGGACAAUAUGGAAAUGAGUAAAAAUUUCAAAUCCCUCUGUGAACAAGUUGAAUUAAGGGAGCAGCAAUUUGAGAAAAUUCAUCAACAAAUGCAACUUGAAAUUCAAUUGGCCGAGGCUAAAUUGGCAAAAGUCACUUUAGAAAUGACAUCCGAAAAGGAGGCACUUCUCAAUGAGAAAAAACAACUCUUGGCUAAAUUAGCCGAAUAUCAAUUGAGGCUGAAAGAAAUGCAGGCCCAGGAAGUGGGACUGAGAAGUCAAAUAAGCAUGUACACUGACAAAUACGACGAAUUCCAAAACGCUUUGACUAAAAGUAAUCAAGUAUUCGGCGGAUUUAACGAAGAAAUGGAAAAAAUGUCGAAGAAAAUCCACAAACUCGAGAAGGAGACAGGAUUAUGGAAGCAUCGUUGGGAGAAGAGUCACCAAGCUCUCCUCGAAAUGGCCGCCGAUAAACAAACACGUGAUGCCGAAAUCGAGGAUCUCAAUCGUAAACGAUUACUUCUUCUCGAAUUGUGUAAAGCCUUCCAACAGGAACGUGCAACACUCAUUUUGCAAUUAAAGGAAAAAACCAUUGAAUCAAAUUCCGUUCAAUGUGAAAAUCAAGACAAUGUCAAAUCAAUCGAACAAAUUGAAAAUUUCACUCAAGUUUCUGAAAAAUUGGGCAAUAAUUUAUCGCAAGCGCAGGAAUCAUUAAUGCAAGAUAUCGCCGCCCAAGAAGCAAAACGAACAAAUCCAAAAGCAGACGAUCCACCAGCAAAAACAGAAACAACAAAGAGAAAAGAAAAAAAGAAACAAGACCCGAAGCAAAAGAAAAACGAAGUUUCAAUAGUGAAAGACGAAACUAAAGAAAGUGACGAAAAGGAUAAUGUCCAAACAAAUACAACAGCAGACGAAAAAAUUAAUCAAGAAAAACAAGAUAAAGACACUAAAGUCGAAAGUGUCGAAACUAAAGAAGAAUUAAAAACAACCGAAGAAAUAAAAGAACAAGAGACUAUUAAAAAUUCCGAAACUAAAGAACUAGAAGAAAUAAAUAAAAAUUCAGAUAAUUUUACUAAAAAUUCCGAAAUUAAAGAAAUAGAGGAAAGAAAUUCAGAUGAUACAUCAAAAUGUUCAGAAUUACCAAAAAACGAUGAGAAUUUAGAAAAAAAUUGUUUAACAAAUUCUGAAAGUAUAAAUCAAGUAUCAAACGAUGUAGAAUUGCCUCUAGAUAAUAAGACUGAGAAUAUUAUCAGCGAUAAAUUAGAAGUAGACGUUGAAAAAGUUGAAAUCACUAAUGAAAUAGAUAAAUUAAGUGAAACAUUAAAGAAUACGGAUUUAAAUGAAAAAUCCAAAAAUAAUGAGUGUCUUGAAAAUAAAUUAAUAAGUGAUUUGAAUUGUCAAGAAAAUAUCAAGGAGAAUUGCACUGUUACAGAAAAUUCUCAAACUGAAUCGGAAAAAUUGGAAAAUAUUUCCGAACUGACUGUUUUGACAAAUUCAGAAAAUGUACAAAUUAAAACAACGUCAUGUCCUAUGAUGGCGAAGAAAGGAAAGGAAGCAAAGAGGAAGAAGAAGUGAGAAAAACGAAGAAUUCUUCUAACCACUUCCCUUACGAUCUAAGUCUAUUGAAAAAAAAUAAUGUAAGUUUCAUUCAAUGCGAGUUUAAUCAAUCAGGAACACUGAUAUCAUUAAGUUUUUCUAAAACAGUGUUUUUUAUUGAACGCAGGCAAAAGUAGAUUUAAAAUUAUCUCCAAUUCUUUCGAUUCUUUUUCAACGUCUUUCAUUUACAGUUUACGCAAAAAGAAAAUAUCAUAAUUUCAUAAUAAACAAAUUUUUUAAUCUUGUUUUUUUUUCUAAAUAAUAAUAUAAAAACGUCUUGACGACAAAAAAAAAAAUAGUGAUUCUUGCCAGUUUUACAUUUUCUAAAAAUUUUUCGCUUUAAUACUAGUCGAUACGUGCAAAUUGUCUUGUGUUGUUGAUGUUGUUCUUGUUCUCUUUUUUAAUACAAACAAGUAAAAAUAAUUUUUUGCUCGAACAAAUUGUAUACGUAGUGUAUAUAAACAUUUUUUGAUCUCUUCGGUUAUUUAUUUUGUCAACAGUUCUAUCUUUCUCUUUUUUUUGUGAAAACAAAUAUUUUCUGCUGUUACUUUCAAAUUUAAUGCGAUUGUGUUUAAUAAAUUAUAAAUUUGUAUCUGAA